AUGAAAUACAAUGAAACCACAGUGAGCGAGUUCAUACUGCAGGGAUUCACUGACGUCCGUGAACUGCAGCUGCUGCUGUUCACCAUCUUGCUCUGUUCUUACCUCCUGACAAUCAUUGGAAAUGCAGCCAUCAUCACCAUUGCUCAUAUCGAUCACCGACUACAGACCCCGAUGUAUUUUUUCCUUUGGAAUUUCUCUCUCUUAGAAAUUGGCUUCACCACUGCCAUAGUCCCCCAAACUUUGACCCAGCUGGCAACGGGAAAUAAAAAGAUUUCCUAUCUCGGGUGCAUGUUGCAGUCUUUCUUGUACUUCCAGCUGGGCACCUCUGAGUUCUUCCUCUUGGCCGUCAUGUCCUUUGAUCGAUACAUGGCCAUUUGCAACCCCUUGCACUAUCCAACCAUCAUGAACAAUCAUAUUUGCGUUUUUCUGGUCCUCUGUUCCUGGCUGGGCAGUUUUCUCCUGAUCAUUGGCCCAUUCUUACUUUUCCUACAGGUUCCAAUGUGUGGCUCAAACACCCUUAACCAUUUCUUCUGCGACAAUGCCCCCUUGAUUAAGAUCCUUUGUGGUGACACACAGCUGCUAAGGUUCCUUGGAUUCGUGACAGCUGUGUUUUCCAUACUGGGCAGCCUGAGCAUUACGGUAGUGUCCUACAUCAAUAUCAUCCAAACUGUCUUGCAUAUCCCUUCUGCUACAGGGAGACAGAAAGCCUUUUCUACAUGCGCCUCUCACUUCAUUGUGGUGUCUAUCACCUAUGGGAGCUGUAUCUUCCUGUAUAUUAAACCAACACAGAACAGUAAACUCGAGCUUGGCAAAAUGGUGGCCGUCCUCAACACCAUGGUGUCCCCUUUGCUCAACCCGUUCAUAUAUUGCCUGAGGAACAAACAGGUGCAGGAGGCCUGGAGAGAUUCCAUGGUAAAGUUAGCUGCUGUUAUUGAAGGGGUGAGAAAACUCUGA